AUGGACAAGGACGGCUGCCACAGCCAGCAAGGUCCGAGUGAGCCUGUCGGCUCAGGAAGGGUACCACAGUUAACCCCCUGCGACAGCAAGAAAGCUUUUGCAUGCGUUGUUUCGGGGGUUGACAGUGAGCAUGAUGAGACGAACAGUGACUCCUCUUGGGCUCUGCGGGCUACGAUAUUGCAGUUACGUUCACGAGGUAGGGGUCCUUGGGGGGGCUGCAAGCUGCUCCUUGACAGGGGCUCGCAGCGUCUUUUGGGCAGCUCGAGCAUGAGCAGCAUCCCGACGCGCAGUCGACUUUUAUCUGCCAAUUGUUAUUGGCGGAUGCGAUCCCAGUACAUGAAUUUAAGUGGUCCAGGUUUCUUCAAGACGUCGUACCGCUACAGAGGCCACGAGGGUUGUGUGAACGCCAUCAAAUUCCACCCUACGCAGCCCUGGCUCUUCAGCGGGGGCGAUGACCUCCGCCUCCUCAUAUGGGAGCCUCGUGUUUGGCCGCGUACGCCCAAAGCGGUGCUGCCCACAGAGCACUCUGAUAACAUAUUUUGCAUUGAUUUUGAUACACUGGGGAGCCGCGCGUUGACAGCGGCGAACGACGGCUUGGUCACUCGCAUAUCCCUGAGUUCUGCUGCUGCUACAGCUGAGGCUUCUGAGAGUCGCGAUUUCUAUUCUAUUUACGGUCGGCUGCACGCACCUUCAGUGGAAGAGAUGCGGUCUCUAUCGCUUCCAUUGACUCACCCCGAGGCGUCCACCAGGCUGUCCGUCACUGAGUCCGGAGAUGCAUCCGCCACUGCUACUGAUGCCGGUGUAGCUCCGGCGACGACAGCAACAGCUGCAGCAGCAGCUGCUGCUGCGGCGGCGAUUGUUCGGAAUAACCUGGAUAUUUUGGUUGCAGCGGACGAAGAACUGAUCCUGUUUCCACGCUCGCGGACGCGAGCCUGUUUUGAGGCCAAGUUUAUUGACACCGCAGGACAGAUUGCCGCUGCCGCACUCGAGUCUGGCUUUGUUGCACUUGCAGAUUUCAGAGAGCGGCCUCUGGUGACACAUCCAGUCAUGCGGAACACCGGAGACUUCACCAGUGUCGACCCCCACAUUCCCCGCCCCUACCACUUGGCGUACGCAGGCAGCUGUGGGGCUGGGAUUCUCGACUUACGAACCGCCCGGCCAUUCAUGAGGUUGAGGGUCCCUGCAGUAAUUGGGGAUGCCGAAGGGGAAGAUACGAAACUAAGUACUUGGCGCCGAAGCCGCAUCAUUAACAGCAGCCGCAGCAGGAGUCGCAGCAGCUGCAGCAGGAGUCGCUGCAGCAGCAGCAGUAGCAACAACAGCAGCAGCAGCAGCAGCGACAGCAGUGGCGGCAGCAGCGGAACCUUUAGUGCCUCAAGGCACGCCGUGGCCAGUGGCAGCAGUAGCGACACGCGUAGCCGCAGCAGCAGCAGAGGCCACGGGAGCAGCAGUCGCAGGAGCCGCUGGAGCUCAUCUGGCUCCCGGCUAUACGAGGAAGUCCAUGAAAUGAUGCGCAUCCCGAACCGAUGGUGCGGAUGGAGAUGGCAUCGCGGGAGAAGGGGACGAGAAGGCUUGCGCACGUCUUCUGCGGGAGACACGGCUGGUAGUGGCUCAGCCGCUGUUGUUGAGUGCCCUUCGCCGGUCGUUAGAUCUGCAAGGCGCAGGCUCAACAGCCGUGGCGACAGAGACAGCAGACAGAACAUCCGCAGCAGCAGCAGCAGCAGACAGAGCAGCCGCAGUCACAGUAGCAGCAGCAGACAAAACAGUCGCAGCGGGAGCAGGCAAAGCAACAGCAGAAACUGUCAAGGCAGCCGCAGCAGCAGCAGGCAGAGCAGCUGCAGCAGCAGACAGAGCAGCCGCACCAGCAGUGGAGACAGCAGUACUCAGCGGCCGGCGGACACACAGGGAGUGAGGCUAGGGAGGGGGGGACGCCGCAGCCUAAGGCUGCUGAGGGGAGGAGGGAAUCGCAAUUUGAACACCAAACCUUUUUCGGACACAUCAGACGCAACAGCAACAGCGGCCGCUAGUAGCGUCCGUAGCAGAAGCGUCAGCUUCAGCAAUGGAAAAGGCAGCAGCAGCAGCAGCCGCAGCAACAGCAGGUCACCAGACGGCGACUCCGCAGAAACAAAAAAGGAAGUGUCUUCUACAAGCGGCAAAAGGCGUUGUAUUCGGAGCAGCAGCAAGUGCAGCAAUAGCGGUAGCGAAAACAAUAGUAGCAGUAGCAUUCGUGCCAGAGGUUCUCCACACACAGAGCAUAGAUUUCGGUCGCAGCACGCAGUAGCAGCAGUGGCUGCUGGUACCUCACCGGUGUCUUCCGAGACGCAACAGGAGCAGUUGCAAACCCGUCAAGAAACAAGUAUCAGAGGAACUCCACAGGGGCAUUCACUGAACGUUAACGAUUCCCAAGAGGAGCAGCAGCAGAACCAGCUGCCUCAGCGGGAAGGAACAUCAAGUUCUAGAUCACGAAGACUUCGACGGCGAGCGGCAGCAAGAGAUACUGCGGUUGCAUUGCGUCUUGUAGGAGCGAGCCUUCGACCAGGGUCAGGCAUUUCCCCUGCGUACGCUCUUGCUGCUCUGGCCGCUGCAGGUGAGUCAGCAGCAUCAAUGUUGAGCGUUGGCUCCCCUCCGGGGUCAUCUCGUCGCAGUUCUGCAGUAGAGAGUUCUCUCGGGGCUUCUCACGAAGAAGGGGCCCAAGCAUCCGAUGUGCCACCUACUGCUGGCGUUCAUACCAGAGCUAGCAGCAGCAGACGCAGCCGUGGCUGCGGGGGGACGGUUUCUGGUGCUGCUGGUGGCAGGCCACGUACCUCGUAUGGCCAGGCCCUGAUGGACGCCUUUAACCUCGAAUUCGAUGAAGCCGGGCAGCUGAGGCGAAGAGGUGGGCCGCUGCAGGCUUGGGGGGGCCCAACCUUCGUAAGUGGACAGAGAGAGGGUGACCGCCGCACAGACGAGGCGUCCUCCUCUCCUGCCGCUCCUGCUGUUAGCGCAGGGGAGACAGCUGCUACAAGAACCGACACCGCGGCUGAUGCUGUUGUUGCAGCUCGUGAAGGAGGUAGUGGCUUGAGCAGCUCUGCUGAGAGGCUCUCUGGCUGUAACAGCCCUUGCCCUGACGAAGGUCGAUGCCCGAGGAGGCGUUCCCGCGGGAGACUUUCCCGUGAACGAUCUCACGAUGAGCGGUCGCAGGGAGAUCGUUCCCAAGACGGUCAAUCAGCAGCGGGUCGGUCGUCGGGGAUAAGGUCACGAGCUCGUUCCACAGAUAGCGAAUCCCGGAGCCGAUCCUCGGGUGGCCGAUCUAGACAACGAUCCUUGGGAAGGCAAUCUCGGGGUCGAUCUUCGGAUCGACCUCGAAUUCGACCAGCGGAUCACGCCAUGAGUGGUGCCUCAGCUGAGAUUCGUGCAGCUUUGCGUGAGGCUGAGGCUGUUGCUGCGCAGCUGCCGGCCAUUCGUUUCCCCACGUAUAGGACAGUGUCUCGGGAACCACUAGGGGCCCGAAAAGUAUAUGAGGGCAAGCGUUUAAGCGAUGUGCCCUUUGUCGAAAUGAUUGACAAAAUCGUUUUUUCCUGGGACGGAAAACUGCUACUCGCCAUUCGCAGGAGGAAAGAGCCGCUGUUGUACAGUACAGACUGGGAGUUGCCACUGUUCGAGCUGCAGAGUGAAGGCUACACAAACGUGACCACCAUGAAGGGAGGAUGUUUCUUGACUGAUAUGAAGCAUGUGGCUUGCGGCUCUGAGGACCUCCAGGUUCACAUCUGGUGUUUGCCAACGCCUCUGCCGGUGAAGCCUACGGCAACAAAGCCUCUCAGGCGGCUUACGUGUCUGAGGGGUCAUCUAUGUGUAGUCAAUUGUUGUGCGAGCCCUGCGCCACAGAGUCCUUUAGGCCUGUGGGGCCCUCCAAUGCUGGCCACCAGUGGGGUUGAGAAGAUGGUGAGAGUUUGGACAUGUGAAUACAGCAGAGAUGAGGACGACUGCGAUAGAUACCCUUUUGAUGGACGUUUCAUCACACAAGAAACGACGGAAGAUUUUGUGACAAUCGCCAGAUUCAACAGAGCCACUCCCGCGUCAGAAAGGCCUGUGUUCAGCGUCCAACCCAUCUUCGGCGUUCUGUCGAACUACGCGGAGGAGGAUGCAAGCAACUGA